AUGGGAAAGGACGUCGUGAUAAUCGAUCGCCUUUUAAAAUCUGAUUACGAAGAUUCUUCGGCAAGUUUCGAUAGAAACACCCUGUCAGAAUCCAAAGAUCGAGCGCAGGACUUUGAAGAAUCGAGUUCUCUAAGCAACUCGGAACUUGGCACUUCACCUUUAAAAUAUGAAUUUUUAAGUUUGUCGAAGUUGCAGGCAAGGAAUACACCAAAAAUUUUGAUCGAUGAAUGCUAUUAUUCUGUUGCAAUGAAACAGUUUGCUCUAUCUUCGUUGAAAACAUCAGAAGCUCGAUCUCUUGCUGGCACAUUUGUCAUCAAUGGAGUUCCAUUUGAUGUGGAAACGGUCUCAAAUCCAAUUGUUUGGAUUUUUUGUAAUACAAAUGAUUAUCUUUGCACAUGUUUGUUAGGUAUAUGCAAAACAGAUGAUGGCACUGCGACGUACCAUGUUCGAAGAUUGCCGCAAAAUUACACAGGUACCGUCAAAUUUCUGGCGAAUUACAUGGAACGCUUUUAUGAUUCUUAUAAGGCCUCUCCAGACAUAGCUUAUUGCAUGUAUGAUGUUGUUCCGAAAAUGGUCACCACCGACCGAGACAACCAAAACAAAGUCUCUGGAUUUGUAGAACUUCAUGUAUCAUGGACACUUGCAAACAGGAAUCAUUGCUCCGAUGAAAUACUUUCGAAACCAGUUCCGUCAGCUUCUGUUAUUGCUAAGAUAUUACCAGGUUGGCUUGAUGUACGCUUACCUCAUCUUAGUCUGGCUGGUGAGUUGGAACUGGUGUUAACCCUAGGACGUGCAUUGCGAACCGGUGAAGUGACUUGGCCAAAUGUGGAUUUUGGUCGAUUGCAUGAGGAUGAGAAGCUUAUGAAAUCUGCGUUACAAUCUCUUCUUAAUCAAACUUCAACUUUUCUCAGAAAUAAAAAAAAUUUAGAAGAAAAUGUUCCAUUGGAUGUACCUCACGAUUUCACAGAAGAACUGUGGCUCAUAUUGCACUACUGCCAUUCAAAUCAAGACCUCAUUAAAGCUUUACGAUAUGUUUUUGAUGCUUUAAAAGCAGGAUAUAAAAAUACUUUGAUACUUACAAAUAAUAAAUGUACGAUGGCGCGUUUAUUGCGCGACGCAUGCACCAACGACUUGCUGUUACCACGUUUAGAGGGUCUUACACCGAUACAAAUUUAUUUGGAAAUGGGUCUGGAGCGUUUACGAAGAGCUUGCAUGGAUGAAUUUUUAAAUAAGGAGUAUUUCGGAUCUGUUGCUGAAAUUGAUGCAGUUUUUGAUUGCUGUGUGGGAAAAGAACCGCAGGAUCAGGCUGAUGCACUAUUCCUCUUCUAUAACAGUCUUUUGGUUGUAAAUACAUGUAAGCAAUAUCUUAGAUUGGAUCGCCAUCAUAUAAAUAUCAUUGCAAGGCAAGUUCUUGGACAAUACAGCAAAUUGAAUGUAUCUCCUACAUCUAACGACAUAACCGAGGGAAUGAUGGAAAAAAUGAUUUAUACACUUAAUUCUAGACUAUCAUUUACAGAUAUCUUCAAACCUGUGCACGAAAAUAGACUCCCCAAAAUUUGGAAAUCAGAAAUUACAGUUGAAACUACUAACAAACAAAGUUGGAUAGCGCGCUGCAUGAUUCUAUGCUCACGUACUACAUGGUUACCAUUUAUCCAAAAUCCUGAAAUUAAAGAUGUUGCAUCCGAUAUGGAAAAUAGUGUCGCAGAAUUCGACAAGAAAAAUGGAAAUCAGGCAAUGCUGCAAAGUUCCGUGCCAGAGAAGGUAAUUUUUUGUUCAAGUGAUGAAGAAAAAUUAAAACUGGAUACAAUUCUACGUCAUUACGAGAUCACUGUUGUUACUGGCAGUUUCAUUACGCCAUUAUCAAAAUGUUAA